ACAAAAAACUGUCAAAUGAGAGAGAGGAACCAUGAAAGGAGCCCAGCAGAGCCUGCUGCUUUGUCUGACUGUCUUGCUGUGCUGCAGAAUAAACCAAGUCCUUCCAGCUGCUCUGACUGUGAGUCCCAGCAGAUCUCAGUUCUUUGAAGGAAACUCUGUGUCUCUGAGCUGUGAGGAGAACAACAGCGCUGAUGGAUGGACUGUAUGGAGGAACACAACCAGAGGAACCAGGACUCAGUGUGGAGAUAGAUGGGGGAGACCAGAUGGAUCUACCUGUAACAACAGCCACCUCCUCCCAUCAGACAGUGGAGUUUACUGGUGUUCAUCCAGAGAGGGAGCAGCCAGCAGCAGCAUCCAGCUCACUGUCACUGGUGGAUCAGUGAUCCUGCGGAGUCCUGUCCUCCCUGUGAUGGAGGGAGAUGACGUCACUCUGAGCUGUCUAACAAAGACCACUCCCUCCAACCUCCCAGCUGCUUUCUAUAAAGAUGGCUCCCUCAUCAGGACUGAGCCCAAAGGUCACAUGACCCUCCACCAUGUGACCAGCUCUGAUGAAGGCCUCUACAGGUGUAACAUCAGGGGUCAUGGAGAGUCUCCAUCCAGCUGGAUCUCUGUUGAAGAUGGGAUGGAAACCUUCUCUCAGUUCCUCAGGACAGAGUUCAGGGAGGAAGACAUCAAGUUCUGGUCGGUCUGUGAAUACAGAACCACUGAUCCAGGAACAGAGCUGCUGUCCAAAGCCAGAUCUAUUUCUACAGCCUUGAUGGAAGCAGAGGCCUCCAAGCAGAGUGUGUUGAUGUUCUAGCAGAGCUUCCAGUAGAACCAGACCUCAUCUACUCCUCAGUGAGGUAGUCCACCAUCUGACCUCUGACCUCCAGCUGCUGCCUUUUGACUGCUUCAUCCAACAGACUUAGUUUACUU